AUGUCUUCCUUGAGGUUGUUUUCAUCGCCCAAGGCUACUGCUCUGUUGAGCAUUGCCAUGCUGCUAUUGGCGAAUGGAGAACAGGAAGCGGCCGGUGGUUGCCGGUAUCAUUAUGAAGCCCCUGCUGCCGCUGCUGGUAAUGGUGAGCCCGACGAUGGAGAUGAUGACGACGAUAGUGCAGAUUAUGAUUUUGCCCCUGCUGCUUAA